AUGGCAGACGAACGCGAACUAAUUAACUUCGAAGGCGAAGAACCUAUCAGAUACGUUCCGUGCUGGAAUUUGCACAAAAAUGGACUUGUGGUGCUGAAGGGACGUAUCUGCAAAAUCGUCGAAACGUCCAGCUCAGGCUAUCCUGAAGACUCUUCAUCGAAAGUCGACCUGGUGGGCGUCGAUGUCCUCACCCAGGAAAAGUUCGAGGGUACCUUCCCCUCCACCGAAAGGCUGGAGGUUCCGAUUGUGAAGGACUACCAACUAAUUUGUGUCGGUAACGAUGGAUUUGUGUUUCUGGAGUCGGAAGACGGAGACCAACAGAACCUCAAGCUGCCCGAGGGUGACCUGGGCGGAAAAUUUCGUUCAGAGUUUGAAAAGAGCAAGGAGAUUUUGUUCACCGUUCAGUUGGCUGGCGAAGUGGUGCAGAUUAUUGACGUAAAGGUUGGUAGUUUUGAAAAAAGUGACGAGGAAUAA